AUGCCACAACCUUCAUAUCCUCCGGAGUUGGCAGAUUGGUGCCUUCCUUUCAAUGAAAAUCUUCCUAAAGAAAUCGCAACUCAUUUUGUUGAUCUUCCAGUAAAACGGUACGAUGAGAUAGCUGAAUUUUUGUGCUCCGUACCGGAUCUUCUUAAUAAACCAAACGACGCGUUCACGGCUUAUACCACAAGCCUUAAAUUAAUAUCAGAACAAGCAAUCACGCCAAUCGGAGUUUAUAAUUACUGCCAAGAUUUGAACAAGUUUGUAAAGGGCCCCAACCGAAAAAAUACCUUUCUCGAAAAUGUUGAAAAAGCUCGAAGAUAUCUCCAGAAAGAAGGGUUUGCCGGAAGAGUAGAAGGUGAUGUGUUGGAAGUUUUUGAGGGAGUACGUGAAAAUGUUGCGUCGGAACUGAGAGAGAUAGUUCAAAAACCUACUACGCCUUUUCCACCGAAAAAACGUGCGCGUGUUACGCAAGAAGGAGAACUUGAUGUCACGAAUGAAGAUUUGAUGAAUUCAGUGACCGAUGCUUCCGAUAUAUUCGGAAAAGUAACUUUUCCGUCAUACUAUAACAAACUUAAAACUAUCUGGAAAACUCGAGAUUCUGAGUCAAAAUUUUACGUACUCGAUUUAGGAGAUGAAGACACAUGGAAACAGAUAUAUAGUGUUUUGGAUGAGAGUGAAUUGGAUUCGUUGUAUGAAAGGUUAACAUUGGAAGAUGAAGAAAAAUUCAUAAGUGAAAAGACGCAUGAGUAUUUAGCGUUUUUUGAUGAUAUCGUACCCGCUCAAUCGAAGGGAGACGAAGCAGUUGAUAGUUAUCUUGUGGAUGAAGAUGAUUACAAGACUAUAGAAAAAAACAGUGAAAUGGAGAAAAUAGUACAUCAAUUGGGCAGUGUAUCCGAAAAAUAUCACUAUUUAUCUAACUUCUUUCCUAUGCCGGCGGACUAUGAUCAACCCAAAAUGCCGGAUUUAUUUAUUGUCAAGAAUAUCUCCAAUCAUUUUUGA